GAAUUUCAUAGCAAGCACACAAGACAAUGGGUAUCAUAAGGAGUUGCUUCUCCUUCAUAGCAGGGACAGUCUGUGGUGUUUAUGUGGCACAGAACUAUAAAGUGCCUAACGUGGCAAAGCUAGCCGACACUGCCUUGUUCAUGGCCAAGGUCGUUGAAGAAACAUACCGCAAACCCAGCAAGAAGGCUGAUGAUGAUGAAUAGUGUGAUUAAAUGAAGCAAUAUUAUAUUGGAAACAGGUUUAUCUAUUACAUAGUCUUAAUUCUUUUUCCUGGAUUAUAUGGGAUUGAAUAACUUUCCAACAGAAACUCUUGGGAAACAAAUUUUGUGAA